CCAAAGCCUGGAGAAGUGGAAUCUCGCCGGCGCCGCUCCCUGCGCGGGACUAGCGGAGCGGCACUGGGCAUGCUCAGUCGCCCGAGUCUGUGCUGGUCUCAAGUAGGAAGCUCGUGCGCUGCACCCGCAGCUGAUCCGGGCGCUCCGGGGCGGGCGAGACUGGAGCAGAGCCGCCGGGCUCCCCAGCCCAGCGCUGCGCGCACCGCCGAUGAGGAAACGGAAACUUGCCAGGGUACACAGCUGGUUGGAGCUGCCGUGGGUGAGCCGCUGCGAUCGCUGGCCAAGCAUGCUGUGGUCGGACCUGCCCAGCCGUGGAGCAGAAACACUGGCCGGAUGGAAAAUCCAUAAAAGAAAGCUCUUCUGAAAAACUGAGACAGACGAUAACUUAAGCAGAGUCAGAUAUAUUCGGGCUGCCUGACCUCCUUGGGUGAUUGCUAUUAAUUAACAGACUUUGUGGGGAGAAGGGAACUUGCCUUCUGAGCUUUGUACCAAAGAUCUGGGAAAACUAACCAACUCAAUAUUUCCUGAGUACUUGGGAGCUGUCGAGGUCCCUGCUAAUGUGCUGACUGUCGCUAUGGGCAGACGGUACCUGGAGGCUCACUGUCACCUGGGAAGCUCAUAUUGCACAUUAUAAACUAUUUCCUGCACCAUUGCUGACGCCCAGUGAUCCAUGUCAGAAGUACUUCCAGCUGACUCGGGUGCUGACACCUUGGCAGUGUUUAUGGCCAGCAGCGGAACCACAGACGUCGCCAAUCGGAACAGCCCAGCCACACCACCAAACACCCUUAAUCUCCGUUCUUCCCACAAUGAACUGCUGAAUGCCGAAAUAAAACACUCAGACACCAAGAACAGCACACCUCCCAAAUGCAGGAAAAAGUAUGCACUAACUAACAUCCAGGCGGCUAUGGGCCUCUCAGAUCCAGCUGCACAGCCCCUGCUGGGAAAUGGCUCUGCCAACAUCAAACUGGUGAAAAAUGGGGAGAACCAGCUCCGGAAGGCUGCAGAGCAAGGGCAGCAGGAUCCCAACAAAAACAUCAGCCCCGCUGCGGUCAUCAACAUAACUUCUGAGAAGUUAGAGGGUAAAGAGCCCCACCCGCAGGAUUCCUCCAGCUGUGAGAUUUUGCCCUCCCAGCCCAGGAGAACUAAGAGCUUCCUAAAUUACUAUGCAGACCUGGAAACCUCAACCAGAGAACUAGAGCAGAACCUGGGCAACUGCCAUGGGGUCGGGGAAGAGAAAGCCCAGCCAGGCCAGGGCCAGGCCCCCGCCAUCAUUGGGAAUGGUGACUUGCUGCUGCAGAAACCAAACAAACCCCAGUCCAGCCCAGAAGACGGGCAAGUAGCCACAGUGUCCUCUAGCCCAGAGACCAAAAAGGAUCAUCCUAAAACAGGGGCCAAAACCGACUGUGCACUCCACCGGAUCCAGAACCUGGCGCCAAGCGACGAGGAGUCAAGCUGGACAACAUUGUCCCAAGACAGUGCCUCCCCCAGCUCCCCGGAUGAAACAGCAGAUAUCUGGAGUGAUCAGUCAUUUCAGACAGAUCCGGAUUUGCCGCCUGGCUGGAAAAGAAUCAAUGACAUCGCUGGGACCUAUUAUUGGCACAUCCCAACAGGAACAACUCAGUGGGAACGGCCGGUCUCCAUCCCCGCAGAUAUCCAGGGUUCUAGGAAAGGGUCACUUAGCUCUGUAACGCCAUCUCCCACCCCAGAGAACGAGAAACAGCCAUGGAGUGAUUUUGCUGUUCUGAAUGGGGGAAAGAUUAAUAGUGACAUUUGGAAGGAUUUGCAUGCGGCCACAGUUAACCCAGACCCCAGUUUAAAAGAAUUUGAAGGAGCAACACUACGUUAUGCAUCUUUGAAACUCAGAAAUGCCCCUCAUGCUGAUGAUGACGAUUCUUGUAGUAUCAACAGUGACCCAGAAGCCAAGUGUUUUGCUGUGCGCUCUCUGGGAUGGGUAGAGAUGGCAGAGGAGGACCUUGCCCCUGGUAAAAGCAGCGUUGCUGUCAACAACUGCAUCCGGCAGCUCUCUUAUUGCAAAAAUGACAUCCGAGAUACAGUUGGCAUUUGGGGAGAGGGCAAGGACAUGUACCUGAUCCUGGAGAACGACAUGCUCAGCCUGGUCGACCCCAUGGACCGCACUGUGCUGCACUCACAGCCCAUCGUGAGCAUCCGUGUGUGGGGCGUGGGCCGCGACAAUGGCCGAGAGAGGGAUUUUGCUUAUGUAGCAAGAGAUAAAGAUACCAGAAUUUUGAAAUGUCAUGUAUUUCGAUGUGACACACCAGCAAAAGCCAUCGCCACAAGUCUCCACGAAAUUUGUUCCAAGAUUAUGGCUGAACGGAAGAAUGCCAAAGCCCUGGCCUGCAGCUCCUCACAGGAGAGGACCAGCGUGAAUCCCGAAGUCCCUUUGCAAGUAGAUUUCCCAACACCAAAGACUGAGCUGGUCCAGAAGUUCCACGUGCAGUACUUGGGAAUGUUGCCUGUCGACAGACCAGUCGGAAUGGAUACCCUGAACAGUGCCAUAGAGAGUCUGAUAAGCUCAUCUAACAAGGAGGAUUGGCCAUCUGUGAACAUGAAUGUGGCCGACGCAACAGUGACGGUCAUCAGUGAAAAGAAUGAAGAGGAGACCCUGGUGGAGUGCCGGGUGCGAUUCCUGUCCUUCAUGGGUGUCGGGAAGGACGUCCACACGUUCGCCUUCAUCAUGGACACUGGGAACCAGCGCUUCGAGUGCCACGUGUUCUGGUGCGAGCCCAACGCCGGUAACGUGUCAGAGGCCGUCCAGGCUGCCUGCAUGUUACGGUAUCAGAAGUGCUUGGUAGCCCGGCCACCUUCACAGAAAGUUCGACCACCUCCUCCACCUGCAGACUCAAUGACCAGAAGAGUCACAACCAAUGUAAAACGAGGGGUCUUAUCCCUCAUUGACACUUUGAAACAGAAACGCCCUGUCACUGAAACACCCUAGUUGCAUUAUGAUAAAGGACUCUGUCGUCUUUACCUGAAGACUGAGUAGCUAAAGAAAAGGAACUGAUCUCGGCCUUCCAUUCCGUUGCUGAUGCUUUGUCUUCAGAGAAUUCGUCCGUGCCCGCGCAGUGUCAGACAGGCAUGUUCUCUCGUCUUGCCACCGUCGUGUGCUAGGAAAAGCAGCAUGAAUCUUUUUUUUUUUUUCCUGUCAGUAAGUUACACCCUGAGCAGUGGAAGGUCUUUUUCUUAUUGUAGAUAUCAUGAACAUUCUGACUUUGCACACGCAGAGAAGAAUGGGGCCCGCCCCUCCCAGCAAACUGCUGCUGCGUCCUUGGAGUGAGUGGUGCCUGCAUCCUCUCAUUGUCCUCUCGGCUGGACAGCCACCUUCAAGUCCUACAGCAUUUUUCCCCGUUUCCAGCGUCAGAAACACGUAGACACUGCGUAGCAGAUACCAUUGAAUUGCUGGAAAGACAGGAUGACGAGUUUGGGUUUUAGUUUUUCAUAAAACUGAACCUGUUGGUUAACAAAAUUGACAGUUGGCAUCAGUAUAGAACCCAACUGGCAGCUUUCCUUGACGAGCUAUGUGACACAUGGACACCAUUUCACGUCUCCAGCUGUUUGUGGGACUUAAGAUUAAUGAGAAACUAAAUUUGAGGAAUUAAAAUCGAACAAAAAAAAAAACCUUUCUUUUCAGAUGGUUUUCAAACUGAUUAUUUUCAAAAAAGAGAUUAACAAAAUCAUAAUGCAUUUUGGGUGGGACAUAUUUCAAACUUCUGCCUUACAUUGUACAAUGCAGCUAGAGAAUUAUAGUUCACUAUGGCCAUUCUCUACACAAUGCUAAGAUGAAAUACUCCUCCUGAAUCUUUCAUCCUUAGUUUGAUGAUUAGCCAAUAUGCAACUUGGGGUUGAGGAAAUGCCAUUUUUGUCUCUGUUAUACACUAUUAUUUGAGGUCUCCACCACCAUUUUAUUUUCAUUAGAGGUAAACGUGCUAGAAUUCUGCAUCUAGCCCAGUCUUAUUCUAGUGCUUUUUGUCCAGAAAGCUGUCUGUCCGUCAUGUACUGUCCAUGGCAACAAACUGCAUAAGUUGAAGCUUUUCUUAAAAUUUAGUAUUUAAUAUUAGAAUUUAUUGAACUCAACUAGAUCUAUUUUAAAAUUAAUAUUUUUUCCAUUUUACUUUUAAGGUUUAAAAAUUUUCAUGUUGGAGCAAAAUAUACAUAGGAAUAAUGAGCCUACUUAACAGUUUCCCCAAAACAGCAUUUUCUUGCUUCUUUUUAUGUAGAUAAGAAACUUAGCUAUAAAAAUAUCCAAUUUAAACUCUCAUUGACAUUCUUAUUUUGCUAAAGGAUCAGUCUCGAUAUUAGUCUUGUUUACCUUCUAGUGUUAAAGUUAACAUUUACAACAUCCAGUUACAAAAGGAAUGCUUUAUGUUUAUACGCUGCUUUGUUCUCGUCAGGGGUUUCCACAUUCUUACCACAUCUGAGCCUUAUAAGGUAGGAAAGGUACAAACACAUUGGAGAACUAAGAAUACCAAGUACCAAAAGGCUGAAUCAACUGGCCUAAGAUCUCGAGGGAGCUCACGAGAGCCAGAGCCAGGACCCAAGCCUCCCAGCUCCCAGCUCUGGCCAUGUAGUGCUGCCUUCGCAGUCAGCCAGGAGGACCCUUUCCAGAUGACUAUGGCACAAACAGAGCAGACAGGGAAACAGACGAUCUCAGAAUUCCCUAUGUAAGUACGGAAAAGUGUCCGAAUUAUUUAUUCAGUGGCAUUAAAUUAAGCAUAAAACCAUUGGUCUCCCUCAGGCCGGGACCGUUUGCUUCAGGUGCCUCAAACGUGUUAUAGAGGACAGGCGUCUCCACUCAGUGCAGCCUUUCAGGUCAGUGAGAUUUUCCACAGGCGAUGUUACUUGUGGUAGAGCCACUCCUCACUCGUGACAUUUAGCCACCAGAAAGCAUGAUGGAACAAAUAGGCCUUCCGCCUGCUGCCUCCUCACAGAAUUCCUGGAGGGGGGCGCCCAGGGACUGGAAUUGUUUGCUGGCACCCUAAUGUCAUGACAAACGAUGCUACUUUAGAUAUACAUUAAACUUCUCUCCAACUUGCAUACUGUUCUAUCCAAGGUAACCAGAGCCAUCAUGAGAAAUUAUUGCAUUAAGUCAACCUUACUGUGCCCUGUGAAAAGCUUUUUCAAAUUCAGUUACAAUGAUCUCACAUCUCCAUCUCCAUAGUGAAACAUUUUAGUGUGCUGAACUUCAAAACUCUAAUCAACUAAUCCACUUUUCUACAGGACUCUCUACCAGAACCCCCUGUUCGUUUUUUAAGGCAUAUGUUUGUUUGUUUUCAGGAUCAAGAAUACUGAGCUAGCUUUAAGUAGCAAACUGAUUUAUAUAUGCAAUUAUAGGCUAUAAGAAGAUGAAUGAUAGCCUUUACUAACUUUACUGCAGAUGUUUUGAGAGUAGCUUUGCAUAUUAAAUGCAGAUUAAUUUUGUAAAAUUAAUUAUGUUACACAGUAUGUUCAGACACUUUCUGCCAUGGCCAAAAAGUAUAUAUGAAAGUAUGUGUGUAUUUGUCUGUGAAAGGAUGCCAGUGUUUUACCUGAUAUCUUAGUGAGACUUCGGUUAUCUAUGCAUUCUUUAUAUCUGUGAUUCGGUAAACAGGCAGCCAUGUUCACUAUGCCUUGUAUGUUGUAUCGUUUUUUUUAAUUAACCUGUUAAAUACAGCUUAAAAUAUUUUUAUUUUAUUUAUUCUAUUUUUACUGAAAUAUACUGCAUUAUUGUGUUAAUAUAUUCUCUUUACUGGAUAUUAUGUCACAAUGUAUUCAGGUCUAAGUAAUCUCAGUGAACUACACAUUGCCUAAAAGUUGGUUUUGUAAUGAUUUGUAGUCACAUUUCUAUUGGAAUAUGUAGAAGAAAAGGCAAAAUGCUUAAAGUUCCUUUUAUUUUUUAAAAGCAGCUAGCUAGAUGCAGUCUUGCCACCUCCUCUGCCUGCUCUUUGGCAGCAUCAAGGGGAAGAGCCAACAGGCCUAUGGCUAAGAACUUGACUUUGUAAACUAAAGCACUGUGUGGUGCUUUAUUUUAUAUUCUUCACAACAUGUGUGAUUUCAUCCAAAAGUCAUAUACAUAUCCACACGCCCUUUGUUUCCACCUGGAUAUGAGGUCACGCAUAGCUAAUUAGGACCAUUGUUUUUUGUCUAUCUGUCUUACAGCAUGAAGGAACAUUAGACCCAUUUCCAUUAAAACAAGUUCUUGGUGAUAAACUGUUGGCACUGCUACUUUAAAAAAAAAAAAUUCACAUUGAGUUUAAGAUGGACACUUGUCCAUCUAUGUGACUUGUCCUCUAC